AUGUCUGCCCAGCCGCCGCCGCCCCUCGAGGGCAAGAAGCGCCGCAUUGGUGUCAUGACCUCCGGCGGCGAUGCCCCCGGCAUGAACGGCGCCGUGCGAGCCGUCGUGCGCAUGGCCAUCCACCGCGGCUGCGAGGCCUACGCCAUCUACGAGGGCUACGAGGGCCUCGUCCAGGGCGGCGACAUGAUCCGUCCCAUGGUCUGGGAAGACGUCCGCGGCUGGCUCUCCGAGGGCGGCACUCUCAUCGGCACUGCGCGUUGCAUGACCUUCAGAGAGCGCCCCGGCCGCCUGCAGGCUGCCAAGAACAUGAUUCAUAAGGGCAUCGACGCCCUCGUCAUUUGCGGUGGAGACGGCAGCUUGACGGGUGCCGACCUUUUCAGAUCCGAAUGGCCCAGCCUCGUCGACGAGCUGGUGCAGAAGAAGGAGCUUACCGCCGAGCAGGUCGAGCCCUUCCGCCACCUCAACAUUGUCGGUCUCGUUGGCUCCAUUGACAACGAUCUCGCCGGAACCGACGCGACCAUUGGCGCCUACACCUCCCUCGGCGUCAUUUGCGAGGCAAUUGACAAGCUGGACUCCACCGCCUCGUCCCACCAAAGAGCUUUCGUCAUUGAGGUCAUGGGCAGACACUGCGGCUGGUUGGCCCUGAUGGCUGGUGUUGCCAGCGGCGCUGACUACGUCUUCCUUCCGGAGAAGCCGCCGGGUGAGGAUUGGCAGCAGGAUCUCAGCAAGAUCGUCAUGAAGCACCGUGAAGAGGGCAAGCGCAAGACCAUGGUCAUUGUCGCCGAGGGUGCACACGACUCCAAUCUCACCCCCAUUACCCCCAACACCGUCAAGGACCUGCUCGCAAACCAGCUCAAGCUGGACACCAGAAUCACCACUCUUGGCCACGUCCAGAGAGGUGGUGAGGCUUGUGCCUACGACCGCAUGCUUUCAACCCUCCAGGGCGCCGAGGCUGUCAAUGCCGUGUUGGACGCCACUCCUGAGACGCCCAGCCCUGUCAUUUGCAUUCUGGAGAACAAGAUUGUCCGUCGCCCUCUUAUGGAGGCCGUGAAGCAGACCCACGAGGUCGCCGCUGCCAUCAAGGUCAAGGACUUCGAUCGUGCUAUGAGCCUGCGUGAUGUCGAGUUCGCCGAGUACCACGCCGCCUACCAAAUCAUGACCUCUGCCAAGACCCCCGGCUUGCAGCUUCCGGCGGAGAAGCGUAUGCGUGUCGGUAUCAUCCACGUCGGUGCUCCGGCAGGUGGUAUGAACGCUGCUAGCCGCGCAGCUGUUGCUUACUGCUUGGCCCGCGGUCAUACCCCCGUCGCCCUCUACAACGGGUUCCCCGGUCUCUGCCGCCACCAUGCCGAUAAGCCCCUGAGCUCCGUCCGCGAGAUUCACUGGCUCGAUGCCGAGAACUGGGUCAGCCGUGGUGGCUCCGAGAUUGGCACCAACCGUGGCCUUCCUGCCGACGAGGAGGGGGGUAUCGAGAGUGUUGCCAAGAUCUUCGACCAGUACAACAUCCAAGCGCUCUUCGUGGUUGGUGGUUUCGAGGCCUUUACCGCUGUCAGCCAGCUGAGGAAGGCUCGCCAAUAUUACUCCGCCCUCCGCAUCCCCAUGACCGUCCUGCCGGCCACCGUCAGCAACAACGUGCCCGGAACCGAGUACUCGCUUGGCAGCGACACGUGCUUGAACUCUCUCAUCCAGUACUGCGACGUUAUGAGACAAUCUGCCUCUGCCUCCCGCCGCCGUGUCUUCGUCAUCGAAACCCAGGGUGGUGCUUCUGGUUACAUUGCAACUUUGGCUGGUGUUUCAGUCGGGGCUCUUACAGUGUACACCCCUGAGGAGGGCAUCACGCUUAAGAUGCUGGCGAAGGAUAUCGAUUUCCUGCGCGAGAGCUUCGCUAAGGACAAGGGCCUUGGCGGCGGUGGAAAGAUCAUCCUCCGGAACGAAAAGGCGUCGAAGACGUACAGCACUGAGCUCAUUGCUGACAUCAUCCGCGAGGAGGGACACGGCCGCUUUGAGUCCCGUCACGGUGUGCCCGGUCACUUCCAGCAAGGUGGCAAGCCUUCGCCCAUGGACAGGAUGAGGGCUACCAGAUUCGGUGUCCGCAGUAUGCAGCACCUCGAGAGCUUUGCGGACAAGACCAAGGACGAGAUUGCCGCCGAUCCCAUGAGCACUGUCGUCAUCGGCAUCCGUGGCGCCAAGGUCAAGUUUUCCGCCAUGGAGAAGGUUGAGAACGAAGAGACGGACUGGCCGAACCGUCGCCCCAAGGACGAGUUCUGGGUGGGCUACAAGGACCUAAUCGACACCCUGAGCGGCAGGCCCAAAGCCCAUUAG